CAAGGUAUCUCUUCUUACCUGAGCAUUCUGAGGUCGUUUGUUAUCGGGGCCAGAGCGCACGAUAGAAUGGGUUUCUUCACUGUACUUGCUCUCUGUACACUUGCUGUAGCAAAUGGUUUUGAAGCACCACCUUUUGAGGAAGAUCCUCGAUUUGCCUGGUGGCAAGACGUCAAAGCCAUGACAAGCAUCACAGAGAGGAUGUACAUCGUCUCUCGAAAUUACAAUAUCACCACCAGGAAUCGCUGCCAUUCUGCGAUAAAGACGGCAGCUCUUCGCCACGAUACAAUCGUGGUUGCCCUGCGAACGCAUCUCGGAGGCGUCGAUGGCCCUCCGCAAGAAUUCAAGAGCGUGUUCACUACCUCGAGAACUGGAACACACAGGAGAGAUAAUGCAGUAAUCUACAAGCUUCAUCCAAGUUUCUAUCCAGUCCAACGCAAGCUUAUGUACAUUGAUGACUAUAGAAGAUGCGUAAUCCUGGUUGAAAGGAUCGGAUAUAAUGGAAGAGGUUGCCAGUUGCUGAUGACGGAAAGUGCCAUUGACUACCCUGUCCCCAAGUUGUGUAUGCUUCUCUACCACAACUACUGUCCUGGUCCCAAGGUACUGCUGUAUCAGCCGGAAUGCAAGAUUCAGGAUGCGUUCCUUGCGCACAAAGCGAGCGCUGGACGUCAAAUUCAGUACUGAAAGAUGACUAUGAAAAAAUGAAUUACUGACAAAUAAAUGCGACAAAAGCAUCGAAAACAUUA